UUGCUUAUGUUAAUAGAGAAAGAGAGAGAGAGAGAGAAAGAGAGGAUAUUGCUUUAUAAGUUCGCAUAAAGAGACACCACAGCUUCCUUUGCUCUUCAUUCACUUCUCUCAACGCCAAAUUCGCAGUCUAUCGAUAAAUAAAAAAAUAAAAAACUUUCCUUUUUGGAUUUAGAUUGUGAUUCCUUUUUCUUCACCGUCAAUUCUCUAACAAAACAUACUCCGAUCAUUCUUUCUUUUUAUGAUCUGAUCAGUAAACAAAACACAAAGAAACUCACUUUGUCUUGUCUGUGAAUUUCUAUCUUGUUGAUGAUGAUGAACUGAUGAUUUUGGAAUUCUUGUUGUUGAUGAUGAUGAUGAUGAUGAUGAUGGUUUGAUGCAGAUGGGUUUUCAGAAAUUUUCUUAACAAGUAAUCACCUUUUAUCAUCCAGCUCCUUUGAUUUUUUGACUCUGAUCGUGAAUCUGGAUCAAAAGUUUAGAGCUUGUUGAACAAUACUUGAGACUACAUAUUAUUGUGUUAAAAAAUGGAUGCAACAACGAGUGGAGUUCCGGGUUUACAGUACAUUAACUUACAGGAGCAACCGGUUUCGAAUACUUCUCCUCCAGUGUCUCCAUUUCAGCGGCCAAAACGUCAUUGCUUUGGUGACUCAACUCCUGGAGAGUUUCCUUUAGCAGCUAACCCUUCUAUUGUCCUUCAUGUUCUCACUGAAUGUAAAUUGGAUCCUCGUGACCUCGCUAAUCUAGAGGCAACAUGCACUUUCUUUAGCCAGCCAGCAAACUUUGCUCCGGACUGUACUUUAUCAUUACCGGAGCUCGCUUCUCUUGAUAUGUGUAAUAAAAGGGCGAUUUUCAAGCCGAUGAAUGAAGAAGAACGUCAAGAGAUGAAACGCAGAUGCGGAGGAUCGUGGAAACUGGUCCUUAGGUUCUUGCUGGCUGGUGAAGCGUGUUGCCGAAGAGAGAAAUCUCAAGCAAUUGCUGGUCCUGGUCAUAGUAUUGCAGUCACAUCGAAAGGGGAAGUUUAUACUUUUGGAUAUAAUAACUCUGGACAGCUAGGACAUGGCCAUACCGAGGAGGAAGCUCCAAUCCAACCUGUUAGAUCAUUGCAGGGGAUCCGAAUCAUCCAAGCAGCUGCUGGUGCUGGUCGGACAAUGCUAAUAAGCGAUGACGGAAAAGUUUAUGCAUGCGGGAAAGAUUGUUUCGGGGAAGCUGAACAGGGAGGGCAAGGGACUAAACCGGUUACAACUCCUCAGCUCGUGACAUCUUUGAAGAACAUAUUUGUUGUGCAAGCGGCUAUCGGGAAUUACUUUACUGCUGUUCUUUCCCGAGAAGGAAAGGUUUAUACAUUCUCGUGGGGUAACGAUGCUAUACUAGGACAUGGAACCGAGGCUGCGGAUGUCGAACCCCAUCCUUUGUUAGGCCCACUCGAGAAUAUACCUGUUGUGCAGAUUGCUGCUGGUUACUGCUACCUUCUUGCCUUAGCUUGUCAACCAAAUGGCAUGUCGGUUUACUCGGUUGGUUGCGGUUUGGGAGGCAAACUUGGUCACGGCUCAAGAACGGAUGAGAAGUAUCCUCGGGUUAUUGAGCAGUUUAAGAUAUUAAAUCUUCAACCAAGGGUGGUUGCAGCGGGUGCUUGGCAUGCUGCAGUGGUAGGUCAGGAUGGAAGAGUGUGCACUUGGGGAUGGGGAAGAUAUGGUUGCUUAGGACACGGUAACGAGGAAUGUGAAUCAGUUCCUAAGGUUGUUGAGGGGCUAAGCCAUAUAAAGGCAGUUCAUGUUGCAACAGGAGACUACACAACUUUUGUGGUCUCGGAUGAUGGCGAUGUUUAUUCGUUUGGUUGUGGCGAAUCCGCUAGUCUCGGUCACCACCCAGUCUUUGAUGAACAGGGUAAUCGGAUAGCGAACGUGCUGAGUCCAGCGGUAGUAACAUCAUUGAAACAAGCGAACGAGCGGAUGGUUCAGAUAAGUCUAACGAACUCGUUAUAUUGGAAUGCUCAUACGUUUGCGCUCACGGAAUCAGGGAAGCUAUACGCGUUUGGCGCAGGCGAUAAGGGUCAGCUCGGAGCAGAGCUUGGUAAAAACCAAUCAGAAAGGUGUGUACCGGAAAAAGUGGAUAUAGAUCUCAGCUAGCUAGCGGUUUGGUUGGCAUGAAUUUGCGUUUCGACCGCAAGAAAUUUGCGUUUUCUUUGUAUGUGUUUAUAAGACUUGAAGGUUGUACAAAAGGUGGGAAAGUGGGGGGAACAUAACGUUUAAGGAACUUGUCUUAACAAUUUCAUUGUAUAGGGUCUUAGAUUAUUCUAAUUGUUGUUAAUGGAAGCUUUAGUUAAAUGUUGUUCAUAAUUGUCAAAUAUUUUCAUUAAAUCGAUUUAUUAUCAGAUUCUUUCUAUUUA